UGCUCAUAUCUCUCCCAUUAGUAUCUUGCCAGCCUCUGCAGACAUUUUGGAAAGAACAAUUAGAGCAGCUGUGGAACAGCACCUUUUUGACCUGCAGAGCAGCUUAGAUAACGAUCUUAAACAUAUACAGCAACACAGACUGGGCUGUAUCAAUGAAGCAAAAAAUCCCAGCGGGGAUGAGGAAGGAUCUAACAACCAGAAUGAUGUUAUUGAAGAUAAUGACACUGGUAGCAGUGAGAACACAGGGGACUGCUCUGAAGUAUUGGUUUGCACUGAUUUAGACAGUGAAGCUAUGAAACGUGAUACUGUAACUGAGGAAGAAGAAAGUGUUCAGGUACCAGCCCUUCCUUCUGCUCAGACUGCAGACGUAUUAUUAAAACCAUGUGAUAAAGAUGAAGAUGUUGAUGGCGAAAAUAAUAGUGAAAGGCAAAAUAGUAUAUUGCUUGGUGGCAAUGAUAGAAUAUCUUCAGAGAUGUUUCUGGAUUCAAGUAGCAAGACUUGUGAUCUUAAUGCAAAUACUGAUUCAGAGGUGUCAGGGGAUGGCAACGUUAAUGUUUCUGAGGAAGCUCUGGGUGUCCAAGUACCACGUCUAGAUCUGAAGAAUGUAUCUGAUGGUGACAAAUGGGAAGAUCCGUUUCCUGCUUUCAAAUCUUGGCAGGAGGACAGUGAAUCUGGAGAAGCGCAGCUUUCCCCGCAGGCUGGAAGGAUGACUAAUCAUCCGUUGGAAGAGGACUGUCAUCCAAUAUUGUCACAUCGUAGUUUGGAUUUUGGGCAAAGCCAACGUUUCUUACAUGAUCCAGAAACGUUAGAUUCUUCAUCCAAAGCACUUUCUUUUGUUAGAACACGAAGAGCAUCCUUUAGCUCAAAAGAUGACAAAAGGGAAGACAAGACACCUUAUCAGCUCGUCAAGAAAUUACAGAAAAAAAUAAAGCAAUUUGAGGAACAAUUUGAAAAAGAGAAAAACAGUAAGCCCUCCUACAGUGAUAUUGCAGCCAAUCCAAAAGUUUUAAAAUGGAUGACUGAACUUACCAAAUUGAGAAAGCAAAUAAAAGAUGCAAAGCAGAGGAGCUUAGAUGGAGAAUUCAUACCUCAAACACGUCCACGAAGUAACACUCUUCCAAAAAGCUUUGGUUCCUCUCUUGACCAAGAGGAUGAAGAAAAUGAAGACGAGAUGCGGGUUGUGCAGAAGGAGAAGAAGCCCACCAAGGAAGCUACACUUGAACUCAUUUUGAAAAGAUUAAAGGAAAAACGAGUUGAGAGAUGUUUGCCAGAAGAUAUAAAAAAAAUGACAAAAGACCAUUUGGUAGAAGAGAAAACAUCUCUCCAGAAAAGCCUCCUGUACUAUGAAAGUCAACAUGGACGGCCGGUUACUAGAGAAGAAAGACAUAUUGUGAAGCCACUUUAUGACAGAUACAGACUUGUAAAACAAAUGUUAACUAGAGCAAGCAUUACUCCUAUUCUUGGGUCACCGUCAACCAAGAGGCGGGGGCAGAUGUUACAGCCCAUUAUUGAAGGUGAAACUGCCCAUUUUUUUGAAGAAAUUAAGGAAGAAGAGGAGGAAAGUGAUGGUUUGUCUACAGACCUGAACGAUAUCUUAAGAACUGCUGUCCAAACACAGUCUGUUUUAAGCCCAGUUGAAAACUCUGAGUCUGAUGUUGAAGAUGGUCAGGAGAAACUGACCCGGGACCUUAGGCUGUCAAGCACCCGCGCUGCUUCUAUGCCUGAAUUAUUGGAGCAACUGUGGAAAGCCAGAGCUGAAAAAAAGAAGCUACGUAAGACAUUACGAGAAUUUGAAGAGGAGUUUUAUCAGCAAAAUGGAAGGAACGUACAGAAAGAAGAUCGGGUUCCAAUGCUUGAUGAGUACAGGGAGUACAAGAAAAUUAAAGCCAAACUUAGGCUGUUAGAAGUCCUUAUCAGCAAACAGGAUUCUUCAAAAUCAAUUUAAAUUAUGUUCCUCCAAACCAUUGAAUAACAUGUUUUCCGUAUACAACCACUGUACUUAUUGGGUGCUUGUGUUCAUUUGUCAUGCACUGUUGAAAGAAUCCAGUUUGUGCACUUUAUUGUGGUGCCACUAUAACAUGUUUGAGGGUAAGUAGGUCCUGUCUAGAGAGCAAGUAAGAUUUCUGAGUUUGAGACUGCUCUAUCCAACUUCAGCAAACACAGUUUCUAUCAAAGUUUUGUAUUACAGAUGCAUCCGUCUUGUUCGAAAACAACCAUAGCUUUUUUCUUUAGCAUUCAAGAACUUUGAGACUUUUGUUAUUACCAACUUUUUGCAUUAUUGAAGAAAUUAUUAAUACCAUAAUGCUACACUGAACUACUUCUCUUGCCUAUUUUUUAUUAUGGGGGAAAAAAAGUCAGCAAAUUAAACGUACAGCUCUUUUUCCUGGAACACUUAUAAAACAGACUGAAAUUCCUUUCAAAGGACUGCUGUGGAACAACUUUAAUUUUUGGUAUUCUAAAUUGCACCUAUAACACGGUAAUAAUUAACAUCUAUGGAUUUUGCUCAUUGGUGGUCACGUUUCCUCCUUGAUAAAGAUGACAGUGGACAAACCAGAAAGUGACCUUGCUUAGUGUCUUUUAAAACUUGGAAAACUGUAAAGUUAUAUCACAUGCUGCCUACAGGACUUACGUUACUGUUGUUCAUUUUAUCAUUUUAUUAAUUAUUGUUUAUCAACUAGUGGUGACAUAGUGUUUUGUCUGAAUUGGAUACUGCAUCUCC